AUGACAACCAUUUGGGAUCUUCCAGAGGAUAUGUUGGUAGAGGAGAUAUUCUCUAGGGUUCCAUUGAAUUAUAUCAAAUCAGUGCGAUCUACUUGCAAAAAGUGGAACACUUUAUUAAGGUCUAGGAUUAUUGCCAUAAGCAGCCCCAUCACAGGGUUUGAAAUCUACGAUUUUAGCUCUGAUUCAUGGAACGUUCUUGAUGUCACUCCUCCUCCCGACUGGGAAAUAACACCUAAUUCUUGCGUGUCUUUGAAGGGAAAUACUUACUUUUGUGCAAGAAGAAGAGAAGUCUCAGCAGCAGGGAGAAUCAUCAACGUUGAACCAAAUUUUUUAGUCUGUUUUGAUUUUACAACUGAGAGCUUCGGACCGCGUCUGCCUCUUCCGUUUGACUCUGGCAAUUAUGCUUUUGUGUCUUUGUCUUGUGUUAGAGAAGAGCAGCUCGCGGUCUUAUAUCAAUUCAGGAUGACGCAUGAAAAGAUCGAUAUUUUUGUUACGAAUAAGAUUAGUCCUAGUGUUGUUUCUUGGAUCAAGUUUAUUGUAGGGAUCACUGGUAUUCUGCUUCACCUUGGUGAUGGGAGUUUUUUCAUUGAUGAGGAGACGAAACUUGCUGUCGUUUUUGGCCGAGACAUGAUAACGAGGUCCCAAACAGCUCACACCAUUGAAACAAGUGGUUACUCCAAAUCUGUUCUUAUUGGAAAUGCUUCGGCCCAUCGCCCACUUGGUCUAAUCAAACCUAACUCCAACAUAAAGGAGUAUACAGUAUAUGGGAACAAGAUGGGUUCAAGACACUCCACCUUAGCCUAG